GACAGUAUGGAGCGCCUCUGCCAUCUUCCAGCAGAAAACGGGGAAAAUUAUUAUCUAUUGACGAAACAGGAUGAGCGAGAAUCGUAUGACAUGGAACUUUUUCUCACUGAUGGUUGUGACGUAUGGGAGAAAUACGUGAGUAAAGAUGAUGUGAAGAAAUGGGCUAAAGAAGUAAGUAUGGAUAUUGCUCCAUAUGUAGAAGAGACUCUGAAAGCUCUAACGAGAUCUGACAACAGUGACACUAAUUUCCAGUAUGAAGUGAAAAUAUCUGGGUCAAGAUUACAGCUGAUUUGGAAAAAGGUUGUUUCAACUGAUAAUAUCAAGUAUCAACUGGGUUGUGCUGUGCUCCAAAAACAAUCUGUACCCAAACAUCAUAUGACUUCAAUGUUUGAGUUUGCAAUAGCAGAAAUUGAUCGCUGGAAAAGAUCAGCAAGUUCUUUGGAGUCAGAUGUCAGUCGUCUGUCGAGAGAACGUUCUGCUGCUCUUCAACGAUAUCAGGAGGCUGUUGAAGAAAAGAGUAAUUUAGAAAAUGAGCUGUUGACAAAGUUCACAAUGGUUUUGAACUCAAAGAAAUCAAAAAUCAGGAAAUUGAAGGAACAAAUUGAACAGAAUGGAUCUACGAUUUUGCCUGCAACCACUAAAGGACAGGGCUGUGUAGCCAGUGGUAGGCAGAAUCUUGCCAACAGCAAGGAGAAUGACAAAGAAGAUGGAGACAGCACCGACUAUGUAGAGUCUGAUGAUGGAGACGCUUACUCUAAGACUCCUCCUCGAGGACAGAGAUCAGUGGCUGCGAGUUCAGUGCCUGUCAGUGCAACAGAUGACUUGCUUGGUAACAUUGGUGAUGAUGAUUUACAGCUACAUGAGUCACCAAUCAAACGAGCUCGUCGUGGUGGACGUCAAACUAGAGCAGCUGCUGCCAUGCCCAGUAUUCCUUUAGUCAGACAAGUGACAAGGACGACGUCCUCUUCGUCUAGUGGAAGUGCAAGUGGGAAAAACCAGAAAUCAGAGUCAUUAGAAGCAGGAGAAUUGAUGGAAUGCAUGUAGACAUUUUAAAACUUUCUGCUGCUGCUGUUGUGCUUACAAUUGCAAGUUAAAUGUGACAAUAAAUUUAUGACUUGUUGUAGUACUUGAG